AAAUUAUCUUGCUAAUUAGUCAUUUACUGGUUUAAUGACUCAUUUAAUUGAUUAUAAAAUUCAUUACAGUCUAGUGUACCCCCAAAUAUUUUUACUUUUUUAUCGUAAUAUACCGCAAAGAAAAUUUCCUCGAUAAGAAAAAAUAAAUAAACAAAGCAAAGCAAAACUCGACGAGACAAUUUUAAUCCUCAGUGACUGACUCAUCAAACUACCUCAAUCAUAUAAUUUUGUGUGAAAUAAUCGAAGGAAAAAAUUGUUGUAACUUGAAACUAACAAGAUUUAAAUUAAUUUGUUCUUUUGUUCCUCACAGCGAGCUAGUGUACGUGCACAUAACAUAGUAAUACAUAACAAUAAGUAAUAGUAAUAUAAUAAUAAAUAACACAAAGUAGCUUCUAACAGCAACAAAAUACUCGGAUAGCUAAUUUAAGUCGAUAUUUUUGUUUCUUUUUUUAAUUUGAAAAUAUAUUUAUUUCAAAUUAAAAGAAAAAGAGAAGAAAAAAAUGAAUGAAAAUGAAUUGAUUGUCGAAUUUAUGAAAAUAUCCAAAUGUGAUCGUACAGCAGAUGCUAUAAGCUGUUUAAGUGCAUGGAAUUGGAAUUUGAAGAAGGCACUUAUAGACUAUAAUGACACAUCAACACAAAACUAUUUUAAGAAUAGAACAAACAAUUUAGAUCAUCAGUCAGAUGACGAGCUGUCGUGCCAUCUAGACACCGACAAUAGUCGAAAUUUAAGUCAUCAACACAUCUCAUCAAUGAAUAAUCAUUGCGAAUCGGGUGAUAGUAGCGAAAAUCACAAACCGCACCUGACAAAAUCUGACUCAAUUGACUUAGUAGAUUAUAAAAAAUUAUCGCGUGGAAUUUCUCGUGCGAAUGACGAAAAUGUAAGUUUAGUAACGAAGGCUCGAAAGGAACUGGCUAUGGAUUUUCAUUCGAAACAAGAUCAGAAUCAAAUUUCUCCAUUCAUUGAUACGCCAGACUUUACAUUUACUUUGCCUGAUUUGACAAAGUAUGAAGAGGAAUUUAGAAAAUUUUUAGAAAGAGAUUUAAUUGAGUGUGCAACGCUCAACUCACUUGAAAAUUGCCAAAGACUUAAUUGGUGGGUGGAUGUGGGGUUAUGUAGGAAAUUGUGGCCGCUGUCAACGUCAGGGGACGGCAACUGCCUGCUUCAUGCAGCAUCCUUAGCAAUCUGGGGUUUUCAUGAUCGUCGACUCACCCUCCGAAAAGCUCUCCACAAAAUCCUUUCAGAAGGACAAUACCGAUCAGUUCUUUGGAGAAGAUGGAGGUUCCAACAAACAAGAAUAAACAAAGAAGCAGAACUAGUCUUUAGUGAAACGGAAUGGGCAAAAGAGUGGGAAGAGAUUGUUGCUCUUGCAUCACCAGAACCUAGGAAUAAUAAGCAAGCAGCAAGACGUCGCUCAAUGAUUUUAGAAAAGCAAUUUUCGCUGUCAUAUGGCGAUUCUAUUGAUGCCAAUGCAACUUAUGAUUCAUUAGAAGAGAUUCAUGUCUUAGCACUAUCUUAUGUCCUCCGUAGACCAAUAAUUGUGUUAAGUGAUACCAUUUUGAGAGAUAUUAAUGGCGAAGCACUGGCACCAAAUAAUUUUGGUGGAAUUUAUUUACCUAUGGACUUGACACCAAUGGAUUGUCACAAGGUUCCAUUAUUGUUGGCUUAUGAUACUGCUCAUUUCUCAGCUCUCGUAACCAUGGAAUCCCAAAGUGAAUUUCCACCUGCUUUGAUUCCAUUGAUUGAUAAUGAAAACAUAUUGAUACCAAUACAAUAUCCAAUAGAUCCUGGAGAUAAUUUUAAUUGGUCGGGAUAUGACGGUAGAGAAGGUAGUUGGGCAUUAACAGAAGUUGAGCAUAUAGCAUUACUUAAAGAAUAUCUAGAAAUCAGCUACGCUAGUCCUGCAAUCAGUCCAGAUGAUGAGAUUUACAAUUCAAAUGAGAGUGAGGAGGAAUAUGAUAAGAAAAUAUUGGACAUAGCAAUAAACCUUAACAAUGAGGAAAACAACUUCCUCGCUGGAUCUAGUUCACCAGAAUGUGAAAACUCUGUCAGCAAAAAAAGCAAAUCUGCAAAACUUCAGAGUGUAGCCAAACAAUUUGGAAGUAUUGGACGAAGUAUGAGCAAGAAAAUCAAAAAGAAUAUCGGUUCCAUUACCAAACUCGCCAAGUCGAAUAAUACGAGCAAUAAAUUUAAUCAACAAAUGACACCAACGUUGGGUGGAGGGCUUGUUAAUGGACGAUAUCGAUUCUUGUGUUCACAAUUAAGAGCUAAGAGACAUGAUUUUCAGGAGGAAAUGAUUAAAAAUUAUUUGGAAUGUGCUUAUGAUAGAUUUUUGUAUCAUAAAACGGAUGGUGGGAGUCAAAAAGCUCGCCCACUUCCAUCAAUAUGUGAUGGACAAGUUGUGCACUGCAUAAAUUCCGGUUGUGAUAAUUUUGGUACGGAAAAAACUCACUACUUGUGCACAGGUUGUUUUGAGAAGCAGAAACGAGAAGUUGAGAAAGAUCUUGAGUAUGAAGCACCACGUUAUGGUACCGGCAAUAGCAAAUUCUAUACACAAACAGAUGCAAAAAGUCAUACGGCUGUACAGAGAAUACCUAGUGUUAAGAAACUUAAUGAACUUGAUCAAACGCUUUAUCUGAGCAAGUCAACAUUUUUUAAUGAUACAAAACCAUCACAUAAUGUUGUUGGCUUGCCAUUGGCACCGCCAACAAUUGCACAGACUAAGAAUUACGUCACAAAAGGUAAAACGAUAAUAAUUCCAAUAAAAGUUGAAGGACGUGAUGAACCUAGUGAAAAUGACUUAAUUAACUUUGAAAAUAAUGAGAGCUUAACAAAUGGAUAUACACAGACAGUCACGACACUUCCGUCAACAGGAUACAGAACUGAAACUCAUGGAUAUCCAAUUUCUGAUCAGGUUGAUGGACCUCUUUUACGGCAUUCAUAUGAUGUUGCAAGCAAGUGCCGAUCACCAAAUUGUAGCUUCUUUGGAAGUCCUAAAAAUGGAUUCUGUAGUAAAUGUUCACAGCAGCACCAGCAUCCGCAUUCAGAUGGUGGACAAAUUCAGCAAUAUCGGAAGCUACAAACGGAGAUUUAGAGAGUUCUUUAAGUUGAGUAGAAUAUUGCAAUCUAGUCGUUAACAAAUGUGUGAUUUGGGUUUAUGAUGUUGAGGAACAGUCUCAAGAUAAACGCUGGACAUGUUGGAGCAGCCAGGUAGAAAAGAACAUGAGUUCCAAAUCCACUAAACCACGUCUUAAAUGAAAAAUUUCUGAUCGCACUUCGAUAUUACAAUAAAUUUAUUGUUGUUCCUUUUUUUAUUUUUAAAAUCUCCUUUUUAAUAUUAAAUUGAUAUUUAUUAUAUUUAAAUGUUUAUUUAUAUAUUCUAUUAUAAUUGUUUGUGAAGUACUGCACUCAGCUUAGCACAUUACUUGAAAAUUUAUAUCCAAAUGUAUGAAAAUAACCCCAAAAAAAUUCUAAGUCACCAAUUCUGAGAUUAAAAUCCUCAGUCAUUAUAAUAUAUUUGAUUUAAUUUAUCAUUUUUCAAAAUAUAUAAUUUUUAAAAAUAAAUCAUUUUUGCACCAAAAUUUAUUUAAUUUCACAUUUUUAAAUUAAAAUUAGAACUUUAUCAACGCUUGGAAACUCAGGAUUAAUUUUGAAAAAUCCCGAAAAUUCAAAAAAAUCACUGAGCCAAUAAACAUGAAAAUGUGAAAUCCCUGAUGCUUUUGAUGAAUAAUUUUGGGAUUUAAAACUUA